AUGGCCCCCUCCAUCGAAAGGGAACAAAUUGUGCCCUCCUCCAAGCCCGGCAUUAUCCACACGUCGCUGCCCAAUCCUUCAUUACAGGUCACGGCCGAUCACCGUUUGAAGCAAGUCGAUGCUCCUGUCUAUGCUCCAAAACGGGGAGAGGUCCUUCUGCAAGUCAAGGCCACAGGCAUCUGCGGGUCCGAUAUCCAUUUCUGGAAGGCCGGUCGGAUCCAUACGCUGGUUUUUGAAGAUGACUGUAUUAUCGGCCACGAAGCAGCAGGUGUUGUGCUGCAAUGUGGUGAAGAUGUAAUGAACCUCCAACCGGGAGACCGAGUCGCUGUUGAACCCGGUGUCCCGUGCGAGCAAUGCUUCCUCUGUGACGAUGGCCGCUACAAUCUCUGUGAGGAUGUGCAGUUCGCCGGUGUCUAUCCGUACAAUGGCACCAUUCAGCGAUACAAAGUCCAUCCCGCCAAAUGGCUGCACAAAUUACCAGAUAAUAUUACCUACGCCGAGGGCGCCCUCCUCGAACCCCUUUCAGUCGUCAUGCGCGGUAUUGAAGUUGCCCGCUUACAUCUUGGUCGGGGUGUCGUCAUUUGUGGCGCCGGUCCCAUCGGUUUGAUUGCUCUCGCGGCGGCGCGGGCCUCCGGUGCGCAUCCCAUAGUCGUGACCGAUUUGGAUGAGAAUCGUCUGGCAUUUGCAAAGGAAUUUGCUCCGACGUGUACACCAUACCAAAUUAACAGGAACCUGCAUGCCGAGGGUAAUGCCAAGGCGAUCCGGGGUUUGUUUGGAGAUGAGGAAUAUUUUGCACCGGAAACUGUUCUGGAAUGCACCGGGGUUGAAAGUAGUAUCUGUACGGCAGCGUAUACAGCGCGACGCGGAGGCAACGUGGUGGUUAUCGGUGUGGGAAAAUCCAUCAUGAAUAAUUUGCCAUUUAUGCAUCUUUCCCUGGCCGAGAUUGGCCUGCACUUCAUAAAUCGCUACCGCGACACCUGGCCGCCGGCGAUUGUGUGCAUAGCGGGAGGGAUUCUGGACUUGAAAAGGUUGGUGUCGCAUACUGUUCCCCUGGAAAAAGCCAUGGAUGCGCUCAACAUCUGCGCGGACGCAACAACCCCGAGUAUCAAGGUAUUGGUGGUGGACGAGGUCGAUGCGACUUUGUAA